UUCGCUGAUUCUUUAGAUCGCAUGUUACAUUAAAAUAUUUGCACACUGAUACUAUGGGAAAAGAAAGUGUCUUGUUGCUGGUCUUUGGAUUUUCUCUCAUUUCGUGCGAUCCUCACAUUAAUUCUACUGAAACACCCUUUGCAAGAAGUAUCACUCGCUGGAUUGAGAACCACAGUCACAUCGAGUCCAAGUUUUCAGUGCGAUCAGAAGAGUUCCCGGAUGAGGACAUGUGCUACCUUGUCCCAGGAAGAAGAGAGAGCAUCUCUGCCUGCAACUUCAAGACUGAUGCUCAGACCUUCCUGGUCAUCCACGGGUGGUCGGUUGCAGGACUGUUUGAGAGCUGGGUUUCCAAGCUGGUGUCUGCACUGUUGGAGCGUGAGCCCGAUGCCAAUGUCAUUGUGGUGGACUGGCUGGAGAGGGCCAGCCAUCACUAUCCCACCUCUGCCGAGAACACCAGACUGGUGGGGAUGGAUGUGGCCAAGUUCAUCAACUGGUUGGAGAGUCUAGGCUAUCCCCUUGAGAAGUUGCACAUCUUGGGUUACAGUCUUGGUGCACAUGUGGCAGGAAUUGCAGGGAACCUCACCAAUAACAAAGUCAACAGAAUCACAGGUCUCGACCCAGCCGGGCCGACCUUCGAACAUGCCGAUAGGCUGAAGCGGCUGUCCGAUGAUGACGCUGAAUUUGUGGAUGUCCUACACACAAACACCAGAGGCACGCCAGACCUAAGUAUUGGUAUCCAGAGGCCCGUGGGCCACGUGGACAUCUACCCCAAUGGGGGCACCUUCCAGCCUGGCUGCAGCCUGCAGAACGCCAUGAGGAUGAUCACUACCUACGGCCUGUACAAUGUGGACCAGCUUGUGAAGUGCUCCCAUGAGCGCUCAGUGCACCUGUUCAUCGACUCGCUGGUGAACUGGGACCGGCAGAGUCUGGCUUACCGCUGCAGCUCCAAAGAAGCCUUCUCCAAGGGUCUGUGCCUGAGCUGUCGUAAGAACCGCUGCACCAGGCUGGGCUACAACGUCAGCAAGGUCCGCUCAACCCGCAGUGCUCGCAUGUACCUCAAAACGCGUGAUGUCAUGCCAUACAAAGUUUUCCAUUACCAGAUUAAAGUGCAUCUCUUCAGCCAGAAAGAUAUGACCCUAGAGAGCCAGCCCUUGAAAAUAUCUCUCUUUGGAAUUCGUGAUGAGAGAGAUAAUAUCCCUGUAGUUGUGUCCAGGAUGAUCACCAACACGACCGUCUCUUUCCUGGUGACAUGUGACACGGACAUAGGGGAGCUCCUCAUGCUCAGCGUGCAGUGGGAGAAGGACUCCUUCCUCUCCGGCUUCUUCAGUACCGGCCAGUUCAGGAUCCGCAGGAUGAGGGUUAAGUCUGGAGAGACGCAAGCCAAGUUGAUGUUCCGACCAAAACAUGAGGACUUUGGAGUCCUCACUCAGGGUGGCGACUCUGUGAUCUUUGUGAAGUCUGAUGAGAACCCCCACAGCAGGAGAGAAGCAAAGCGGCAUAGGCUUAAAAUGCAUGGCAGCUAUUUCAAGGAAGAUAUGAAACAGCAGGUGUGAAGGGAGAGCCUAGAGAGUGAAGAAAAGUCUAAAGAGUGAAGGGUGGAGCCAGCUACACAGACGAUCAUGACUCCCUGAAAGUAUAUGAAGGCUUUGGAAAACUAUUAAUGCAAAUGUAUUUGCAGUAAAAUGAAAUGCCUUAGCAAUUUCAGAGAUAUGAUCUCGCAGGUGUCUCAGAAAUCACAUUUCUGAAGAUGAGUCUGUUGAUUAUGAAUGUGGAAUUAGAAACAGAUUAAUUCUUGAUGUGCUUUAUUAGGAUUAUAUGUAUGACAUUUAGAAAUAGUGUGAAAUUCAGGUCUGAUAUAGUAUGUACUGUGCUAAAUAUUUAUCAAUGUUACACUGCAGAUUUUAAAUAUUAUUUAAACAUCAAACAUCAGAAAACAUACUAUCAAAUUUACUUAUGACAAAUGCAUUAUACGUACAUUAAUACACAACUGAAAUUUUCUCUUUUUAUCCUGUUAGUGUGAUAUAUAACUUGGUUUGCCAUAAUUAAAUUCCAACUACCUCUGCUUAAUAGUUUACACUAAGAUGCCAAGAAUUUUACAUUUAACAUUUAACAAUUUAACAAUUUAUGUCAAAUUACAGCAAUUUCUAGAAUGCUGUUGUAUUUUCCACUUAAGACAUGCAUGAAAUCAGUUGUGAGUGUGUGUGUGUGAGUGUGUAAUCUAUAUUGUGUAAUGUAUUUUUGUAGUCCAAAUGACCUCGAUGUAUAUUUUUGAGUAUGUGUUAAAUACUUGGAAGUUCUAGGAUCAUUAGGUAAAGCACUUUUAACUUUGUCCUUGCAUGCAUUAACAAGGCCAAGACAAGACGUUUGUACUUACAAUAGCUUGUACUGUUAAUGGGUUUUAGCACAGGUCACUUUGAGAGUAUCCAUCUUGUUUUUAAAAAAGUUAAACUUUCUGAAGCCUUUUUCAAACUGUUUAAUACAUUCAUAGGCUACUGCAAUUUUUUUUAAAAACUGUGACCAUUAGUGAUGACUUUGUUAAAGGAAAAUGCUGGAUAUGUAUUUAACAUACAUUUACUCUAUGCUCAUCUAAAUUGUAUAUAAAGCUUGACGAAUAAUAAUAUUCAAUAACACGUUUCUGCAA